AUGGCUGCAGUUUUAAAAAAGAGAGCUCUAGCUGAAUACAGCCAAACAAUCCAAGAACCUGCUUCUGCUAUUCCUACUAAAAGACUUCGUUUGGUAAAAAAACAAAUAUCAACAUCUGGAACGAACUUCUUGACUUUGGUGAACCAUUUAGAAGAAUGCAAAACAAGCAAUGAAGUUUUAAACUUGCUUCUUCAAAUAUCCGAUACAGAUCUGGAAGUUAAUGAUAUUAGUGAGGCAGUUAAGAAACUGGGAGACCAUUUUAAAAAUGAGAAAGAAUCCUCUGUAAGAGUGAAAAUUCUUUCUUUGUUGUAUGAAAUCGGUGUAGAAAAUAAUUCAGAAGUUGUGGCUGUAAUAGAUGAAACUAUAUUAUUGUUAAAAAAUGAUAAUUCCCAUAAGGUCAUUGCUCAGGGAAUGAAUACAAUUUUAAAAUUAGGCAAAUUAGUUUCCGACGUUGCUACUGCAUUUCAUGUGAAGCUAGUAGAAGUUGCUAAAUUGUAUUUGAAAGACACUAGUCAUGCUGUGAAAUGUAAGUGUUUGGAAAUAAUUGGUGUCCAUUCUCCUUUAACUACAGACGAAAAUACUGAAAUGUUGGUACAUCUCAUAAGAUCUUAUUUUAAUCAUGAUGAUGCACGGGUUAGAUGUCAAGCUUUCUCAAGUAUUGUGUGUCUUCAUGAAAGAAACUUCAAAAUUAAUCCAAAUAUUUAUAUAGAUGUCAGUAAUGCCCUUAAAGAUGACUAUGAAAUUGUUAGACAUGUUGUUUUAAAGCUUAUCUGGUUGUUAGGUAAUACAUAUCCAGAAAAUGAAAUAUUUGUACCUGGAAGUGAACAUGAAAUCAGGUUGAUAGAUGAUGCUUUUGGUAAAAUAUGCAAUGGAGUUACAGAUCUAUCCAUGAAUGUAAGGACACUGGCUGCACAAUUGUUAGGUAAAUUAUAUAAUUAUACAAUCCGUACCACUAUAUGCUCAACUGGUUCUUUAAGGUAA